UGUAGUGCAUCCUUUUUCCACGCUCGAGAGCAACAGCUCCUAGUAAUUGGACACGAAGGAGCUCCUGUACCACAAUAUAUACCCAUUUUCAUGCCACAUUUCCUCCAUCCUCGUACCUCAAGAAAAUCCAAUCAUGGACCAACAAAAAGACGCUAAAACCCCUCAUGUGCUCAUCUUUCCCAUGCCAUUCCAGGGCCCAGUUAACUGUGCUCUCAAGUUAGCUGAACUCAUAUGUCUUUCCGGCAUCCACGUCACCUUCCUUAACACCGAUCACAUCCACCGCCCUCUCCUCCACCACACCCAAGUCUUGUCCCGAUUCAGCCGCUACCCCAACUUCCAAUUCCUGACCAUCCCUGAUGGAGUAGAGCAUGAAAAACCAGUCUCUGGCGAUCGGUUUAUGGAGGUGAUGAGUGCUGUAGACGCUGUGAGUAAACCGAUUUUACGGGAGAUGAUGAUUUCCGGUAGCCUGAGUAGGAAGUCGGAGCGGCCGGUGACGGUGAUGAUACCUGAUGCUUGCUUCAGUUUCGCGGUGGACAUAGCUAUAGAGAGUUCGACUCCGGUGGUUUGCUUCGAGACCGUCAGUCCAUGCUGUUUGUGGACUUGUUAUUUGAAUCUUCCUACCCUUAUCCAAGCUGGUGAUGUUCCCUUCAAAGGGAAAGAUUUAGACGAACUGGUAAAGAGUGUGCCGGGAACAGAAAAUUUUCUCCGGCGUCGGGAUCUUGCCAGCUUCUGUCGCUCCGAUGACAUAUCAACGCCGGUUAUUGAACUCAUCCUGAAAGAAGCUCGAGCCGUUCCUCGAGCUCAAGGUCUCAUACUCAACACAUUCCAWGACUUAGACGCUCUCAUACUAACACACAUGCAAAMCCUUUGYCCAAAUAUUUACCCCAUUGGCCCACUUCACUCUCUCCACAAAGCUCGGCUCACUACCCCAUCCUUGCCCAAAUCCACCUUUUCCAACAGCGUUUGGAAGGAAGACGAGACUUGCCUUUCRUGGCUCGACAAACACCCUCCAAAAACCGUKGUUUACGUCAGCAUAGGGAGUCUAGCCACCAUGACCAUCGACCAACUGCUCGAAAUAUGGCACGGUGUGGUUAACAGUGGGAAGCCUUUCUUAUGGGUUAGACGGCCCGGUUCGAUCAUUGGUGAUGAGUCACUGGUUCCACAUGAGCUACUUGAACGUACCAAAGAAAUAGGGUGCAUUGUGGAUUGGGCUCCACAAGAAGAGGUUAUGGCUCAUCGAGCCAUUGGUGCGUUUUUGACACAUAGUGGGUGGAACUCGACGAUUGAAAGUAUAAAGGAGGGUGUUCCGAUGAUUUGUUGGCCGUAUUUUGUGGACCAACAAGUGAACAGUCGAUUUGUGGGAGAGGUAUGGAAGGUGGGAGUCGACAUGAAAGAUAGCUGCGAUCGGUUGAUCGUAGAGAAGGCGGUGAGGGAUGUGAUGGAAACGAGUCGAGAUAUGUUCGCACAACAUGCAGAUAAUUGGGCAAAUCUGGCGGAGAAGUCGAUAACCGAGAAGGGGUCUUCAUCUAUGAAUUUGGCUCGUUUGAUUGAUGAUAUAAAAGCAAUGAGCUCAAUAAUUGGGCAUGAAGUAAGAAGUUGAUAUGUUGGAUGGUAAGAUGUUUCAAUAAUCAUGGAUUGUAAUUUAAAAUGUAUUUUGAUGUGUUGGAUGGUAAGAUGUUUCAGUAAUCAUGGAUUAUAAUUUAAAUGUCUUUUGGAUUAUAAUUAUAA